CAACACAUAACCAUGUCCAUAAGCAUCCAUGCGAAAACACAUACACGUGAACCGUUUAGCAAAAAGAAAACAUGAAUAAAUUGUGAGUGAAUUAAAUAUUUGACCAAUGUGAUAAAUUUGAUCAAAAAAUAGUUUUCCUUUUUUUUGUGCAACAAAAUAAAAAAUAGUUUUCCUUAAAAUUUUAAUAUUCCUUAUAUUUUUUGGUCAGUUAUUAUUGUUUUUAACCAAAAAGAGGAUGCAAGAGAACAUCAAUGUUUAACAAAAAGGCCAAUCCUACAAUAGAUGCUGGUAGAGGCCACGACACUUUAACCAAUCUAGUUGAAUGAGAAAAGCCUACAGAGCCCAUUUAUAGAAAAGUAGAAAGGCCCACAAAGCUCUCAUGGAAUGCAAUUUUCAACUUUUAGCAACUUUAAUUUCUGAAGGAUACUAAUGAGGAAAAAGUUGUUUCAAAUUUAGUGAAGCCUUAAAUGAAAACAAAUUUGUUAAUAUAAUAUCUGUAUAAAUAAAAUUUUUGGAUUAAAUAGAGAGAAAACGUAUUAAUUUUAGCACCAUAGUUGGAAAAGAAUCUCUAUCCACCUCUGACCUCUUAACUGUAAGAACACAUGCAAGUCUUAUAGGAUGGAAUUAGAAAGCAUAUUAAUUAAAAUCUGGACCUACUACUAACUAAAAAAGAUUAAAUAGGAUUUCUAAUUCGGCAAAAGCAUCAAAUGAGAAAAAAUACAUUAACAUACAUGAAAAUGUAUACAAGACAGUAGUCUCCAUCUUCGCUUUUUCCGUCUUUGAUUUGAUGCUCUUCUUGAGAGAGGUGUGAUAAUAAAAACAGAGUACAACAAAUAUAAUCAGUACAAAUUGUUGGCGGAAAAUGACGUCAUCGCUGCUUUUAUUGAUGCUCGUAACGGCGGUGUUUGUAUUGACAACUAUGCUUAAUGAUCUUCCGACUUGUCCCCUCCGCCACAGGUAUGGAACAGAGCUAAAGAUGAGCAACGAUGAUUGUAACGAAUCUUCUUCUUGUCCAAGCCAGUUCAAGAGUUUGUAUAUAGGAAAUCUUGAUCCACGAGUCUAUGAGGGAAUAUUGAUUCAGAUGUUAUCGGGUUUCGGAAAGAUUACAAGAUCGAUUCUAGCAAAGGAUUACAGAGGAGAGUCGCGAGGAUUUGCUUUCGUUGAGUUUGAAAGCACGCAUAGCGCUGAACAAGCUGUUGAACAUAUGAACGGAAGGUUAAUAGGUCAGAAGAUUAUAUACGUCGAGAGGACACCAAAGGUCGACGAAGGUCAAGACAAGACAUAUAAUAAUCUUACAUAGGUUAUUUGCAUAAUUUAUAUGUUAUAUAGGAUAGGUUGAUUUGUUCUUAUAAUUACAAAAAUGCAUUAGCAUAAAGGAAAAAUUUCCAGUAAAAACCCUUGAAAAUAAUAAACUUAGUAUGUUAUAUAUCAUUGUAAUUUUCAAUCAGGAAAAAAAUUAGUAUAAAUCAGUUGAGAAAGCGUCGUAUAUUUUUUUUCCAAGAAUUUGGCAAGAGCUCACAUCAAGAAAUGGUACACUACCUUGGCUCGGCAUUGUCUUCUGGUUGGCUCAGCUUUGUAUUAUCUGGAGAGAAAUGUACAGAAUCAUAUAUAUAUAUAAAGCUCGACCGAGAAGUACUCAUCAGCUCCUGUUCUGGUCACUCUCACUUCUUGUUGUCUGGUCUGAUCUAAAAGCUGGGGGGUUCGGUCACAUGCUUCAGCUCAUGGUGAUCAGUUGGUUUAGUAAGUGAUCAAAUCUAAACACAGAUGUAAUCAAACAGAAGAAAAGGAAAAUGAAGGAUUAUUAUAUUAUUUAUUUUUAUAAUUAACUGCUAACUUAAAACGAAAUACAAAAAUCAAAAAAAGAUAUCAUUAUUCUAAUUUGCCCUAGUAACUCCUAUGUUUAUGCUAUUUUGUCCCUCUUCAUAAAUUAUUUAUUAUUUAUUUUCUUUUAAUUACAGAAAUAUGGCUAAGUACUAAAAUAGCCUUAAUGAAUUAUCUAAACUACAACUCAACCUAACUUAAACCCUCUAAACUAGUCCAAAGGUUUCCUUCUCCCCUUCCUCCACACACACGUGUUUCUCCCUCUAUUUCUUCAACCCAUUAAUGAAUAUCAAUGGUAGCCUGCGAUUUUGAAUAAGCCUGGUGAGCUCAAUGUCAUUUAAUGUUCUGUUUCGCGAUUCUAAACCAUAUCAAUGGUGAGAAUAAAGAAAAAGUUAUGUUUGUUUCCGCCAAUUUUAAGUUCAAAUUGAUGAAUAUGGAUAAAUUUAUAUUUUUGAUGUGUAAACAACAACUAUAACCCAUAAAUAUGGAGAUUCUUCAAAGAAAUUCCAUGGCGGCCGUGAAAAAUAAUUUGCUGAAUCAGGAAAACCCUAAUAGGAAGAUGAAAUAAUUACGAAACUGCCAUUCCACUCAUUAAAAAAAUAAAUAAAAAAGAACAAAUCCGGAGCCGUAAAGUUAAGAAACCAGGAGCAUACAACCAGACCGCAAGUUACUAUUACGUAUCAUCACAUCAACUAAAUUUUGAAUAUAAAUGUCUUUUUAAAAAUAAAAUAAAUCCUAACCAAAUAAAUUAACGAAGCUGAGUAUUGAUCUCGGGACUGUCUAGUUAACAAUCAAGCAAUAUAACACCAAACUACGAGUUAUCAUUGUGUAUAUUUUUUUCAUAAGUUCAUUUUGUAUAUAAUUUUGUAUUAUAAAAUAAAAUCUUAUGUUAUUCCCAGUAAAAUAAAAUUGUUUUCGUUGGUCGUAUGAUACGGGUCGGUUUUUUCGGGUAUCUGGUUUUCCGGUUUAGAAAUUAGCGAUGUUCGGCAUUAUAAAAUUUUAGAUCGGGUUCGAUUCGGGUUCGGUCCUGAUGGGUUCAAUUUUGAUGUAAAGAAACCUGAAAAUAACCGAAUAACAAAUAUAUCUGAAAUAAGUUCGGAUAAUAGUAUUUAAAGUAACCAUAUUACCCGAUUUGGUUCGGGUAUUUUGUAUUCAAAGUACCCAAAUGUACUAAAAAUAAUCAAAAGUACUCAUUAGAUACGGUCUUGUUUGAAUAUUUCUACCAAACUAUCAUAUUUUAUCGGUUUCGGAUAGGUUCUUCGGUUCUGGAUAUUUUACCCAGCCCUAGUCGUAUCAAAUCAGAUCAGGGAUCUCUUUCUAAAAAUUAUAGACCCAACUCAAACGUACGUGUAAUGACUAGAAAAUUUUGGAACAAAGCAAAAAUUGUUUUUGUUGGUCGUAGCUCGGAAAUCUAUUUCUUCAAAAAUUUGUAUAUAACAUAUAUUUACAAAAUUAUUAAAUCAUACAUUUAAAACAUGCAUACCAUCAAAUAAUAUUAUAUUUACAACUUAGUGAAGUAAGAAUAAAAAUAAAACACUAAGUGCAAGAAAUUUUUUGAACUACUAGUUUUGCUAGGUAUUACUAAGCUAAAUAAAAAAAAUUCAAACAUGUCUAAAACGUGUAUAACAUAUUUAUCACAUGUUAUUAAAAUAUAAUUAAAAACGUACUCAUUUAAAAUGUCUUUAUGCCAUAUAUUUAAAAAGCACUAGUAUUAUAUUUACACUCAGUAGUACUCAAGGUAGUAGUAAUAUUAUCUUGUUCAUAGUAAUACUUUUGUCAAUUUCAACAUUUAUAAGUAAUACCACGUGAAAAAUAAAAUAUUGCUAGUAGAACCAAUGCAUUUAGAUAGUUUUAGAUUGUAUAUAACAUUUUUGUAGAAACAAAAUUUGGAAAAUAUGUAAUUUGUGUGAUUUACCUUAUUAUAACAUCACUAUGGAGACAUUAGAUAUGGAAGUAUAAGGAAGUUUUUUGUGGAAGUGAUAAUUUUUCUAACGACUUAAGAAAUAUUAAAGAUUUCAUGACUAAUUUGAUACCUUAACACAUAUGAGGACAUAUAAUUCAAAAUAUGUAAGUUAUAUCAGCUGAAAAUAUAUAAUAACCCAAAAAUAUAAAGUUAUUAGAAAUACGUAUAAUACAUAGUAGUCCAAGGUAAUACAAAGUAGUUCUAGUAGUGCUAGUAGUCCACGCACACAUUUAUAUAAAUAAAAAUAUAAUAUCAAAUCUUCAAAUUUAUAUAAAAUAAUAUAUAUCUUUCUGCUUCAAGAAGAAUGUAAUUUUGAUAUUUUUCACAAAGAUUAAAAAUGUUUUGAAUGCAUUCUUGCUCUUAAUAAAUAUAUCUAUUUAAUCAAAAGAUUUUAAGAUGGAUAAACUAUUUAUAAAAUCAAAGUAUUUUGUAAAUAAUAUUAAAAUUAAAAUAGCUAUAACUGAAUUGGAAUCUUAAAUCAUACUCCUUACAUAACAAGAAAAAAUGUCAAACUUACUUUUUAUAAAACAGAGAAUAUUAU